AUGGCCUUUACCUGUCCAGUGUUCCUAUUGGUUAUAUUUUUGACCUGUUGUGAUUAUACUCUUGGCCUAACACUGCAAACAAAACUAGGCAAGAUCAAAGGUUUAUCAAACACAUUAACAAUACAAGGCAUCCAGUACAACUACAGUGAGUUCAGAAAAAUACCAUUUGCAAAACCUCCCGUUGGAAAUCUUCGUUUUGAAAAACCAAUCAAGUUUGGGCCAUGGGAUGAACUUCAUGAUGCAACUGAAUUCGGUCCGUCCUGUGUGCAAUAUUUAUAUCCGGAAAUGGCAGCUUACUUACCUAAUGUCAACACAUCAGAAGAUUGCUUGUUUCUGAAUAUUUACAUUCCAAGUGAUACAUCAAGAUCAAAUAAGAAGUCAGUAAUGAUAUGGAUUCAUGGUGGAGGAUACGAAUUCGGACAAGGGAUGUUCACAGAUGGUUCAUAUCUUAGCGUCAUAGGUGACGUCAUAGUAGUCACUUUAAACUAUAGACUCAACAUUUUUGGAUUUUUAAGUACAAACGAUGCAUUAAUGGCUGGAAAUUACGGAUUAUGGGACCAAAAAUUGGCAAUUCAAUGGGUGAAGGACAAUAUAGAAAGUUUUGGAGGCGAUUCGAGAUCAGUGACAAUAUUUGGUGAAUCAGCUGGGGCAUUUAGUGUCAUGCUACAAUCUAUUCAUUCUGGAAACAAGGGAUUAUUUCAACGCGUAAUAGCUCAAAGUGGCACCGCCGAUUCUAUUUUAUCAACUUCUUCUAAAUCUCGAUCACUUACGCAAAAAAUAGCCGACAGUCUAAACUGUGAUUCUUUAUUAACAAAGGAAACAGUUGAAUGUUUAAAAAGUAAAUCAACAAAAGAUAUUUAUCAAGCUUAUCGUGAACACUCUUCUAGUGGUAAUAUGACAAAUCUUAAAGAUAAAACCUUAGAUAUUCACCUUGCGCUCGAUUAUGCGCCUGUUGUUGAUAGGCAAUUUCUAAAAGAUUCACCAGUUAAUAUAAUGAAAAAUCGGAAUUCGCCUGAAUUCAACCUAUAUAAAUCGUUAGAUAUAAUUGUAGGAAAUGAUGAAUCAGAAGGCUCGUUAAUUCUAGAUUAUUUGGAGCCUCUUAAAAAGUCUUUACCGUUCAACAUCAAAGAUGGAAUAUCAUCCAACUAUUUUUGUAAGCAUAUUGUUCCACAAUUCGUUGAAGAUUACUUUGGGGAUAACCUUGCAUUAGCCUUAUCUAUAUGCAUGAAAUAUUAUAGUAAAGGCUCCUUACAAGAACAAGGCCAAAAUGUAGUGAACUUUUACGGCGACAUGACGAUGUACAUGCCAGCGGUUCAAAGUCUAAAUUCCCAUGCUUUAAGAAACUAUAAUUCAAAGCAGUUUCAGUUUUUAAAUAAAAGAAGAUCUGUAUUUUCUCCACAACAAGAUUCGUAUCCAUGGUUUAAAGAAGCUGGUCAUUCAGCAGAGUCAGCGUACUUGUUUCCACCGGGGCAAAGUUCGAAUAACAUAGAAGACGAUGUUAAUACUCGGUUUGCAAAAACUUUAAUGAAAUAUUGGAGUAAUUUUGCAAAAACAGGAGAUGUUAACUCUGCUGGUCUACCAAGAUGGCCGACAUAUAACUUGAUAACAAAACAAUAUGCCUUGCUAGAUGUUAAUGUUACAACGAAGAAUAACUUGUACCAAGACAGAGUGGAUUUUUGGUUGACCCAAUUAAUAUUAUUUCAUAAUAACUGAAUCCACAAUAUCAUCCGUGUCUACGGACAAUUUCAAUCAGACUAAAUCAGCUAAUGAUACUUUCCCAACAAUGCAAAAUUUAAAAGUCAGAAAGUGUAUGUAUAUCUAUAGACAUGGUAGAUAUUGUCAUUAGCUGAAUAAAAUUUUACUGAUUA